AUGGAUACGGCCAAUCUGUCGGGGAUUCUAAACCCUCUCGAGGAUAGAUCGGUAAUCAAGGGGGAAGAUAAGAAGGAAUCAACCGUGGAGAAACAAGAGAGGAGCUCGAUUUUGACGGAAGAGAAGAGCUGGGAUGGGAAGAACAAGGUGGUGAUACCAGAUGAGGUCCUUGCGGAUUCAACGCCGCUGUGGGAUGAUUUUAUCGUCGGGAAGUUUAUGGAUCUCGCUCCUCACAUGGCGAAGGUUCAUAUGGUGGUGAACAAGAUAUGGAAGUAUGGAGAGUUAGAAUCGAAGGUGGAUGUUUAUGAUGUAAAUGCGACAAUGAUGAGAUUUAGGAUCUCAAAUCCUAAAGCUCGCGAAAAGAUCCUAAAAAGGGGUAUGUGGAACAUUGCUGGAGUUCCCAUGGUGGUGACAAAGUGGACUCCAAAGACGGAGGAAGAGAAGCAGGAGGAGACUGCGAUUCCUAUGUGGAUUCUUUUGAGGAAGGUGCCAUUGCACAUGUAUUCUUGGCAAGGUCUUAGUUUCAUGACUAGCACCGUGGGGUUUCCUGAUCGACUGCAUCCUGAGACGAUUGCGUAUACUAAUCUUGAGGAAGCAAAAGUUUUUGUGAAUGUUGAUUUAUCUAAGCCUUUGCCCAAAGAAAUCGACUUCACUAAAGAGGGGAAGGAGUUCACAGUGGAAUUUCACUACCCUUGGUUCCCAUCAAAAUGCAAUCUAUGCAGCAAGUGGGGUCAUACUGAGAAGGUAUGCAUUAUGAAUGGAAAAGAGAAGAGAAGAAAGGAAGCUCCACAAGGGCUAAGGGAUGCUAGUGGGGCAAAAACUGUCGCGCAACACUCUCCUGUUGAGGAAGGUAAACAGGAAGAGUCCCCAGAUAGUGGAAAAUGA